AUGGCCGGGUUUUUUAACAAGAUCAAAAGCGCCAGCACGCUGCAGCCGUCGACAGCGCAAACUACCAAAGAUGUGGUACCCAAGAAGAAGGAUGAGAUUGUACCAGAGUUGACUCCACUCGAGAAGAUGCUGCAGAAUGCAGGCGCUUUACGAGAAGAUGGAACUGACAAGUUUUUCGGCUUCGAAAACGCGUUGUUCUAUUCCGAUCUGUUUCGAGAAAGCGUAAUCAACUACCCAUCGCUAUCACCAUCUGGAACACCCAAUGGCAGCCGACCAAAGGUUAACGUCACUAUUCGCCCACCAAUGCCGGCGCCCCCGCCUCAACAGCAGAAGAAGGGCAUCAGCAACAAGGAAGCAAUGAAACAAAGACAGGCCAUCAACAACGGUCAGCCUGCACCUGGGCAGCCUGCUAUCAAGCCCGAGGACAAGCCGGAUACUCCCGAAUACAAAAAGAAGCAGGCCAUGCUCAAGGGCCCUAUCCUCGAGUUGGCGCAAGAAAAUGCUGUGGGGUACGGCAUGGAUGAGUGUACCUUUACAGGACUCAAAGAUAUCUUCCUGGCAGUCCUCCAGAGCAGCACUCGAACAGGAGUCCUCAGCCCUCAGCGUUUUCUCGAGAUAUUCAAGCGCGAUAACGAAAUGUUCCGAAACUCGAUGCAUCAGGAUGCCCACGAAUUCUACGGCCUCGUGUUAAACGACGUCAUCGCCAAUGUUGAAGCAAAUGCGAGAAGGCUCCAGGAGCAGCUGGAUAUCAAAGGCAAUGGCGAACUUGCGCAGUCGGUACAGAAUGCCUUGGGAUCCGCGCUGAUGAAUAACAUGACUGGCUACCGCACCCCUGGGACGGGUUGGGUCCACGACAUCUUUGAGGGGGUACUAACUUCUGAGACUAAGUGCUUGACCUGUGAGACAGCGUCACAGAGAGACGAGACUUUUCUCGAUCUGUCAAUUGAUCUCGAGCAGCACUCAUCGGUCACAUCUUGUCUACGAAAGUUUUCGGCCGAAGAGAUGCUCUGUGAGCGAAACAAAUUCCACUGUGACCACUGCGGCGGCCUGCAAGAGGCUGAAAAGCGAAUGAAGGUCAAGCGCUUGCCUAAAGUACUCACUCUACACCUCAAGCGAUUUAAGUACACCGAGGAUUAUAGCCGUCUUCAGAAACUGUUCCAUCGGGUUGUCUACCCCUAUCAUCUGCGCAUGUUCAACACUACGGAUGACGCAGAGGACCCUGAUAGGAUGUAUGAACUCUAUGCUGUUGUCGUUCAUAUUGGUGGCAACGCAUACCACGGCCACUACGUCUCCAUCAUCAAGACCAAGGAUCGCGGCUGGGUCCUGUUCGAUGAUGAGAUGGUUGAGCCUGUUGAUAAGCAUUUUGUGCGCAAUUUCUUUGGCGACAAACCCGGCAUGGCAACUGCGUACGUUCUCUUUUACCAAGAAACGACUUUUGAGAAAGUCAGGGAGGAGCAAGAGAGAGAGGGAAUGGAAGAGGUGAAGUUGGCGACGCAGGCUGCUAAUAUAGCACAAGACGAAAGCUUGGACAAGCCAGAUCCUGCUCCCCUGAAGCGGCAAGUAACAACACCCGUUGCAAUGCCGGAGCACGAGUCUUUGGCAACUCUCGCACAUGCCGCUACAGCAACCGGAGUGCCAUUACCAACUUCACCCAUCGUCGAAUCCCCAAAAAUACCCGAGAUGCCGUUUAUUGGCGCGCCGGGCGUGAGCCUCACAGGCAAAAAAGCCACCAGGAUAGAAACAAAAUCUAGGGAUGAUUUGAAACGAGAGAAGAAGGAGCGCGAGGCCGCUGAAAAGGCGGCGGAGAAGGCGGCGAAGCAAGCCGAGAAGGAGAAAGAAAAGCUCAGAGAGAAACAACUUAGAGAAGACGACAAGAAACGCAGAGAAGAUCAUAUGCAAGCUAUGCAAGCUCGAAGGAAUGAGCAAGAUGAGCUACAAAAAGUACUAGAGGCUAGCAAGAAGUCUGCAGCCGUUGAGGAGGCCGCCAGAAAGAAAGAAGAAGGCGGAUCUUCUGGGUUCCUUGAUCGGUCUAAACGAGGUAGCAAGUCGAUGUCGAAGCGAAGUUUCAGCUUCUUCAAGGACAGGAAUAGCUCCCUGGAUACCACCAUCAAUGGCGACGCUCCAGAGAAAGAAAAAGAAAAGGAGAAGAGGACAGGUCGCAUGAGCAUUGGUCUAGGCAGGAAGAGGAGCACGCCAUUCUUAGCAUAA